UAUUAUACUGUAGCCCUGGCAAUAACGCAAUCGAUGUUGUAAUCGUAAAAACCAAAACAAAGUCGAACGCCUUUUGGUCUGAGCAGUUUCAUUAUAUUUGCAUGGCAGCUAAGAAUACAAAGUUGCGGUUAACAAGAUACAUAGCUGACAAAUGAAUAGCGAAGCCUCAUUACUGCCGCCUGCUUUGGCAACCUCCCCCAUUAGUGCUCCAUCUGCCACAAAUCCCUUAACUGAGCCCAUCUCAAAUACAGAUUUUUACAUUGGCGUCGGUUUGGCCAUUUCAUCAUGUUUCUUUAUUGGCUCCAGUUUUAUUAUUAAAAAGAAGGCAUUAUUAAGGCUUAGCAGACAUGGCGAAGUACGCGCUGCGGCUGGAGGAUUUGGCUAUCUGCGUGAAUGGAUUUGGUGGGCGGGGUUGCUAACAAUGGGUCUUGGUGAAGCGGCCAAUUUUGCUGCUUAUGCCUUUGCGCCCGCCUCGCUAGUCACGCCUCUAGGAGCGCUAAGUGUCAUCAUUUCCGCUGUUAUGGCAUCACGUUUCCUUAACGAAAAGCUCAACUUAUUAGGCAAACUUGGUUGCUUUUUGUGCAUAUUGGGCUCUACGAUUGUGGUCAUCCAUUCUCCGAAGGAAAAGGAAAUUGAAGAUUUACAAGUGUUAUUCGAAAUGCUGCAGGAUCCAGUUUUUAUACUCUACGUAAUUUGUAUAUUUGGCUCUUGUGCAUUUAUUGCAUGUUUUGUGGCACCUCAAUAUGGACACACGAAUGUUUGUGUCUACCUAUUUGUCUGCUCAGGCAUUGGCUCCCUCACUGUGAUGUCCUGCAAAGCUUUAGGCCUGGCCAUAAGAAGUACGAUCGCCAAUGGCUCGAAUGUGUUUAGCACAUGGAUGCCAUGGUUCCUUAUUGUCGUCACAGUCACCUUUAUAGCCAUACAGAUGAACUAUUUAAACAAGGCGCUUGACAUAUUCAAUACGAGCAUCGUUACACCCGUUUACUAUGUGAUGUUCACCACCUUGGUGAUCACUGCAUCUGCUAUACUACUCAAGGAGUUCAGCAAGAUGCGCUUUGAGAAUAUCCUCGGUGAUGUUUGUGGCUUUUUGGUGGUCAUCAUCGCUGUGUUUAUGCUAAAUGCCUUUAAAGAUAUUGAUAUUACUCUGACUGAUGUUCGUGGCUUGAUGCGUCCUAAGAUGCAGCGUAUCUCACAAUAUGACGAGGAGGUCCUUGUUAGUUUAAAGGAGCGUCGAUAUUCAUACGGCUCCAGCGAUGUCUUUCGCAAGGCCUGACAUAAACAGCGCUAUCAAGUUUAGUUAUUUCCCAUAGCAAAACCUUGAACAAAUAUUCAAAUUGAAAUCCAAAAGAAAACAAACUCCAUAUCAUUCGCAUUUAUCAUUGAAUGUUCCUUCACUCACAUUUGUUUAAGUCUUAGCUUUAUAAGUAUAUUGUUUAAAAGUUGUAAAGUGC